GUCCUUCUCAGCAACACCCUUCCAAGAUGGCAGCCAACAGUAGCAGCACGGGCAGCAAAGCCAGCAUCAGCGCCGGCGGAAAACCGUCCGGCCCGUCGGCCGAGCAGGUGGUGGCGACAUUUCAGAGGAUGCGUCAGGAGCAGCGCGGCAUGGCGUCUAAAUCUGCAGAGCUGGAGAUGGAGAUCAACGAGCACAGCUUAGUAAUUGACACCCUGAGGGAAGUGGACCCUUCGAGGAAAUGCUUUCGUCUCGUCGGAGGAGUGUUGGUGGAGCGGACGGUAAAAGAAGUUCUACCAGCCUUGGAAACCAACAAAGAACAGAUCUCCAAAAUAAUCGAGACCCUCAACACACAGAUGCAGACGAAAGGUCGGGACCUCACGGAGUACAGGGAACGCUACAACAUCCGGUUGAUGGGCGAGGGCGAAGGAGAGGAAAAGGCAUCAUCCAGGGACAGCGAAGGGGGCGGGUCUAAAAGCGGCGCUGGCGUUCUCGUGUCGUAAUAACAGACGGGCGACCGGAGGGCCUUUAUGAUUUCUGCAGUACUGAAGAAAAAAAAAUGGUUGGAGACAUUAAAAUCUAGGGUUUCAAAAUGGAACUUUUCACAGGAAAAAACAUUUUGGUUUUGAUUAAAUUUCCGCUUAACAUACUUCACUUGGCAUUGAAGUUAUUUUGCAAAAGACACAAACUCACUACACAUUGUGUUGCAUGUGUGUGAAUGCCGGUUAACAUCUACGGCUGUUUGUCUUACUUCUGCCUUUUAGUGUCGCUGACUAUUUUUAAUUUCUGAAAUACUUUCAAGUUUUAGUCUUACUCACAUUUACAAAUGAGCAAAUUCAUGUUUUACUGUAUCACAUUACUGAAAAAAAAAAUAUUUCCCCAAUAUAAGGUUUAAUUCUCAAAGGUGCUACAUAAUAAAAAGUCCAAAGCCUACAACUUACUAGAGGGCACAUGGUCAUUAAAUUAAAACUACAUCACAGUUAAAACACGUAUUUCGAACCAACAACUUCAAAAUUAGGUGUGAAACAAUUUCAAAGGGCCCUGAAGAAGGUUGAGCUUAACAAAAAAGCAGCACCUCGAAGGCAUUUGGACAACAUCGGUUAUGAGCACGAACAAGAGAAUAUACCGAUAACGUGUCACUGUAGAUCAAAAUGAAUGCGUCUCCUUUGUUGAGUGAACCCCCUCGUCAGCCGGGCACCGAACGGCGAGUUUGAAGUCGGGAUGCGACGUUGGUUAUUGUUUCGCACGUGUGUGACCAGUGAGCCGCCACCACAACCUCAAUAUUUAACUGCCUUUGAAAACAUCUGUGAACGUUGUCGUGUUCUUUAUGAUCUGUAGCACACGCUUGAGCUCGGUUAAAUUCAUUUGUUAACUCGGUCUAAAAACUGAGGGAAUGCGGCAUGUUGUAGUAAAGACGCACGUGUUUUUGUUGAUGGUCGUGAAUAAAAGAAUGUCAGAAUUGUG